ACCAACUUAAUUGCUUUUGACACCACUCCCCUAGCUAGUUUUUUCCUCAAACUCAAAGGAAGAAAGACUACUUAUUACUGUAGCAUUUGUGCAUGGUGUUGGCUCAUCAGGUUGACAUUGUAUAUGCUCCAUUCAUUUUGAAAGGGUGAGAUCCUUCAUACUGCAUAAAACGGUCAAGAGUAUCCCACCCAAUUGUCGAUUAGCCUUCGUGCAGGUGUUGUACGUCCUCGAUACUGCGUAAAGUUGCUGCAGCACUGGGUUCUGUAGAUGCGUGGAUCAAGCUUCCCGUUUUACGUACCUCAUUGCAUGCUUCGGGUUGUUAGACCUUCUUGUCGCCAGGAACGUAGGUCGGGGAAUCACAAGUCCCUCCAAUGCAGCAGCAUCAAUCGAACCCUUGCUAGUUGGGAAGAUGGUUCUGGUUUCAGUGAUUUGGUUUCUUCCCUUAUGGAUUCACCUAGGGUGGAGUCAAGUUCUGGGAAAGAGGCUAGGGAUGGGGAUUCUGCUAUAAGCUCUAAUGUUAGGGGCGUGAGUAGUCCUCUUCUUGUUCCUUUCAUAACCUCAUUGCCCCCUGAUUUACCGUCACUCUUGCUCUCCAAGCCUGCUUUGGUGGUUGACAAAGACUGUGUGUUGCGCUGCACCAAGCUGUUCUUGCUGGGGAGUCGGCUGGAGGCGUUGCGACGAUGCUCCAUUGUGAUAAAUUUUGACGUCUCUUCCCCAACUCGACUCGAGUCAAGUGCCUUAGUGAUGCCGGUUAUUUCUUCCCCGCGAAGAGGCACAAUUUUGGGAGCCAGAGUCGCUUUCUGUCCAUCUUCCAAGGCUUAAUUCGACUUCAUAUCUCAUGGACUACGGGGCUGUCAAAACAUUAUUAUGCAACUUGUGUUCUGGCCAAGAAUUGUUCAUCCCAACAACUUAAGAUUAUGCAAGAUUUGAGGGUGGAACUUUUGGGGG